AUGUUUUCAAAAAAUAUUUUAAUUAUUAAUUUCAUACUAAUAUUCUGUCAGUGUUUAACAUUUAUUCACACUGAACACUUGACGCGUUAUCAACGCUCAUUAGGUAUGAAAAAUAUCAAAUUAUGGCCAAAUGGAAUUGUCCCAUAUAUUAUUGAUGAUAUUGACAAGUCGAAAUCUAAGGAUUUUACUGAAAUGUUUUCAGAAGUCGACGUCUUGUUAAUCAAAAAGGCUAUGUCAAUUAUUGAGGCAGAAACAUGCAUUCAGUUUCAAGAUAUGACUUCAAGAAGAAAUACACGUAAUCUAGUAGAUAGACAUUUGAUACGAAUAAGAGGUCGUGGGCAAAGAGGCUGCUAUUCACACCUGGGUGUAUCACGCAAUAAGAAUCAAGUUCUUCGAUUGGGUCCAACUUGUCGAAGUGUUGGUCAAAUUCUACAUGAACUGCUUCAUGCAUUAGGUGUAAUGCAUGAAAUUAUGAGACCAGAUCGUGAUCAAUAUGUGAUUCUCCAUGAAGAAAACAUUGAUAAAGCAUAUUUACCAGAAUUUAUGAAGAUUAAAGAUCAUCAAUCAAUUUUAGCAGAUCGUCCAUUUGACUUUCAAUCCAUCAGUUUAUACGAUCCAUUUACAUUUACAUCAAACGGUAAUCCAGUAUGGGAGCCAAUUAUCAACUUAGAUGAUAUACCAUUGUUUUCAAUUAGUGAAAAAUAUUUAUCCUUUGAAGAUACAGUUGGCUUAAAUCGAUUAUAUCAGUGUGACAAAAACUGUUCUAAUAAGGACACACCUUGUAAACCAGGAGAAUACAGAAAUAAAAAUUGCAUCUGUCAAAAUUCAUCACAAUACGCUUAUGAAAGAUGUCAUGAUGAUGUGAAUCAAACUGCAUAUUGUAGUAAAGCAGUUGUUGAAAAUAAAUGUUACGAUGAACCACGAUUUGCUAUACCUUUCUGCAGACGUACAUGUGGAAGAUGUUUUCGAGCAGGGUCAAUGGGAAUAUCAACACCUCCAAAAAAAUUGUGUCGAGAUGUGGAAAGUGAAUUGUGCGAAAAUUAUGUCAAAGAAGGUUAUUGUCAUUUUGAUGGUUGGACCAAACUGAAUUGUCAGCGUUCCUGUAAUCUAUGUCCAUCUCCAGAUGUGGUUAACAGACAAGUGGAAACAGGCGAUGUCAGAGCUUAUUUGGAAGCAUAUCGUAAAGGUGACUGUUUCAAUCGAUAUGAUGAUCUUAGAUGUGAAAUAUUUUCUCAACGUGGUGAUUGUCGUACAAAUCCAGGAUUCAUGUCCAGCCAAUGUACACAAUCAUGCGGCUUAUGUCCAAAGAAAGAAAAUCACUCGCAGAGUGGUAGUAAGAAAAACAUUUCUGAGACAACUCGUCAACCAAUACCCUGCAAAAACUACAUUGAUGAUCAACGAUGCGAUGCUCUUGCUAAAGAAGGGAAGUGCCAUGGCACUACACUGAAACAAUGUCUUGGUUCGUGUAAUAAAUGCGGAGAAAACUAUCCAAGACAAACUACAGAAAAUCCCCCUAAUCUUGUAACAGACAACACAAAUCAUACCGAGAAUUCAUUACCUACGGAAUGUAAAGAUAAAUCAAAUUUAUGUUCAUUUUACAAAGAUAGAAAUGAAUGUAAAACACAUAAAGUUAUUAGAUUAGAAAUCUGUCCUGAAACUUGUGGAUCUUGUGAAACCAAAUGUGAAGAUUUUGAUUUACCAAAUAUCUGCGAAGAUCUCGUUCAACGUGGCUAUUGUAAACGCUCGAAAGCAUACGCUGAAAGAUGUAGGAAAAGUUGUGGGCUAUGUGGAGAUGAAAUUAUUCCAAUGGGUGCUUCAUCACCAUCAAGUAUGCUAGAAACCGAAAUGACACCUUUUGCUACUGAGGUCACUAGUCCAUCAGUACAGUCGACGGUUGAUACAACUAUUCCUACUACAACUAUGGUGGUUACGACAAAAACAGCUAUCCCCAUUACUGAAAGCUCUACUACUCCUGGAGAAGUUGUUUCAACCAAGUUCAAUAUGGUAUCUAGUUCUCUUAAAAAGCCAACACUACUUCGAAAAAACCCGUCGUCAUUGCCAAAAUAUGUAAAUAAGAGAACAUUUACACCUUCAGAAUAUCCUUCUGAAAAUAAAGAGGAAUGUGUUGAUAUAUCACCGAAAUCAUCUUGUUUAGCAUGGAAAAUGAUAGGUUAUUGUAAUUUUUCACAUGUUUCUAAGUUGUGUUUAAAAACAUGUUAUUUAUGUGAAACUGUCGAGUUAUUGAGUAAAUAUAAACCAUUAAUAUUUUAA